CCGACGGACCAAUGGGACGGCCGUGUGUACUCGCUGUUUGGCUCCGUGGCCAAUCAGAGAGCGCGUUUGGGUUUGUUGUCGGUGAUGGUGACAUGAGCUAUUUGUUGUUACUGGAAGGCGAGCGAAGAGAGAGCGUGAAGGAAGACGGGCCUGGCAGCGACGCUCGCUUUCAACGAACACACACGCAUCGUACGGAGCUUUCCGUUCACGGGAGUCGCGGAGGAGCGAACAGCGGCGAUGUCGGUGAAUAUGGACGAGCUGAGACAUCAAGUGAUGAUCAACCAGUUUGUUUUGACCGCGGGCUGCGCGGCGGAUCAGGCGAAGCAGCUGCUGCAAGCGGCGCACUGGCAGUUCGAGACGGCUCUGAGCUCCUUUUUCCAGGAGGCCAACAUCCCCAGUCAUCACCAGAUGAUGUGCACUCCACGCAACACUCCCGCCACGCCGCCCAACUUCCCCGACGCCAUCACUAUGUUCUCCAAGCUGCGGACGUCUGAAUGCACAGGCGGCAGCGGAGCCGGCGCUUCGGCCCAGGUGUCUAUGGCGUGUUCUCCUCCUCCCCACGCCUCCGCACAGGGAUUCGGCUCCUUCUGGGCCUCCUCACCCCCCAAUCACCAGCCCGUCUGGCUGCCGCCGUCCUCUCCCACAGGCCACCACGUGCUCCAUCACCACCACCAUCACAUGCACCAGCCGCCCACGUGGCCGCCCGUCUCCCAGCCCGCCAACGGCCAGCAGACGCCCGUCAUGUCAGCUCUGCACGGCCAGAGAUGAAACUCUGCGGCGGGGGAGACGCGGGGAGGGCCGGAGGUGUAAAUUGGGGUGAGGAUACACGGUUUAACGGGGCGGGAAUAUACUCACUGAGACUUUGGAUGGCCAAGGGGGAAAGACGUGGUACUCUUUCUUUCAGUUUUCUAAAGAUGAACAAUCUCUCUUCUUUCGAAGAUUUCGUUUUGAUCGUUUACCUAUUGUCGAUUUCAUUUCUGUCCAAACCUGGGAAGAACCACUAUGAGAAAAAAAAAAUUAUGGAAGUCAUUAAGAGGUGUUAGAGUCCCAAAGAAGCCUCUUAUGUUUCGCUAUCCAACAGCGAAAGAAAGCCACGGAGUCGUCGGAGGACGAUCAGGGCGAAUGUGUGCGUGUGAAUCUUCGUUCGUUCACCGUAUUCGGACUCUCUCCUCCUCUGUAGCGCUGUGUCGGCAACAAGCACUCGCAAUAAAACGGCUGACAAACAAUAAGACUGAAUCACAUAUCAUGGUGGUCGUGUCGUUCUGCAUCCCAGGAAGCAUCAGGAGGACGUUUCUGUAGAACUAGUGUCUAUUGAGUUCUUAACAGAGGCUGUUAUGAGAUGAUUAAUUACCUCUUAUUUGUUCGAAAUGCACAAUUUCAAGUGCGUCGAGUUGAAUUUAUUCAGAAUCAACAAAAACUAUUGGUCCAGAUAUAAAUGGAAAAAAUCAGGAAGAGUUUGCAAUAAUCCUGGUCAGAAAGUUCAUUCUUGUUUGGUAAAUUCGCAACUUUUAGCAUGUAUGCGGUUAAAUCAGGAAAGCUUGUUGUGUUUAAACUAAAAUCGUCAUUGAGGAAUACAGACUCGAGUUCAAAGAAGUGUUUUGUGUUUGUUUUUUUUCCCACCCCCAAGAACUAAAAAUGCUAGCAGACUCUUGUAAAGAUCUGAGCGGUCUGAUAUUUGGAGGUCCAGCACAGCCGGCGUAGUAAAGCUCAGCUCCACCUACCUCAGCUCCAGCUGUGGCCUGAUCCUACCUCCGGCGGCUGAAUGGGCUCUCCGUGUGAGCUGCUGCGACCGAGGGCUCAAAUACCUCACGCUCUCUGCCGAACGCGCCGUGUGAAAGCGAUGAGACAUCUCCGUGGACGAGGACUGAUCUGGUGUCACAUAUUGGCAUUUGUGUUGUACUGAUUGUAAUGUAAUCGAGCGGGAAGGCUGACCCUAGAUCAGGACAUUGAUUGGCAGUGGUUUUCUGAGAUGACGGGUUUCUUUAGUUUCGCAUGAUGUCACCUUCCCUUCAUUCGUUCAUCUUAGACAAUCACUUUUGCCGUCUUGAGGUUUGAAUUCGUGGUUUAGUAUGGACCUCAGUCAGGCUGGACGCCAUAUUUAAUGUGAAGCGACUGAAAACGAGGCUGUGAUGAGAUAAAUGUACAGUUUUUUUCAACAUCGUUCUGUUACAUCGGUCGUUUAGUUGAUUAAACAUGAAAUGUGCCUUAAAAUAAUUUUUUUUUUUUUUGGGUCAAAAAUAACUGUGUAUUAUUCAUAGCAAUUUAGCAGUAUUUCAUACAUUUACAUUUCAGUUUAAGUAAGAAUGGAUUAAUGAACUAUGCACACAGGAAUUUGUUAUGCUUUUUUCAAACUGUAGAUUCACAAAAAAUCACUGCGUGAACACUUAAUUCAAUUUCAGUUUAUGUGAGAAUGGAUUUAUGAAUGAUGUACAAAAGGAGCUUGUUCAGCUUGUUUCGCGCAAAGUAAAUUAUUAAUUAAAGCAAUCUUUCGUAUUUCAACAUUAAUUUGAUAGGGCAGUUUAUGCAGGAACAGAUUUAUGAAUGAUGAUGAUCACUUGUUUCAUAAAUAAGGCAAAUUUAUUGCGGUGAAUUAAGUAGUCGCAAAUUUUGCCAAGAAUUGAUUUGUGAACCAUUUACACAUUCUUAGUUAAAUUGUCAUUAUAUAGAUAACUAAAAAACAAGCAAAACCAAUUUGUGUUCAGAAAUCCAUUCUCUGUUAAAUCAACGCUAUCUCACGACCAAUUCGUUUGUAUUUUACACGGUGGCAUAUUCGUAUGAAUUUGUACGACCUAAUUCGUAAGGUUUUGUAUGAUUUCUGUAAGGGGUAGGGGUGGUCAUUCAUACAAAAUCCGACAAAUUUGCCACCUCGUAAAAUAUGUACGAUUUUUCACAAAACGUACAAAUUUAUACGAGUGAGAUUGUAUGCAUUCGUACGAAUUAGCCACCUAGUAAAAUAUGUACGAAUUGGCGUGAGAUAAAGUUGGUUAAAUUGUAUUGAUGAACGUAAAUGCAAAGAAAACAAUUGUGAACUUUUUACUAUUUAAACUGUUCAAUUUACGAACUAUUUACCCAAAUUCAUCCUGCUUGUGUUUAAGUUCACUAUUAUGAUUUAAACGUGACCGAAUUUACAAACUAUUUGUACAUUCUCAAAUACAUCGUUGCGUUCAAUUUAAGCACACACAGAAAUAAUUUGCGAAUGUCUUACAAAACCAUUCUUUCGUAAAUUGUCAUGUAACUUAAACACAAGCAGAACGAAUUUGUGUGCAUAAUUUGUAAGUCAAUUCUGUUAAAUUGUACCAUUUUGUUUUGCGAACUAUUUACCCAAAUUCAUUCCAAGUUCAUUUAAUCGUGACUGAAUUUACAAACUUUUUGUACGUUCUCUGAUAAAUCAGUGCGUUCAGUUUAAGCGCAUACAGAAUGAAUUUGCAAAUGUUCAUAAAACCAAGCUUGUAUAAAUGUUCGUGACAAAAUACAUCCGUUUACGUAACGACGUUCACUGAAUAAAUUCACAGCUUCCUUCAGUUGUACCAACCUAAAUAUGGUGUCUAAUUCUAACUCGGGUCCAUUUUAAGCAUUAGCCAUUUUGAUUUAAUCAUAGACGGCUACGUGAUAGAUCAGCUUCUGUGUUUUGGCCCAGAAAAUGCAUGUGAAAUGCGAAAAGUACUCUUGGUUUUGGAAAACGCCACUAGAACGAUAAUGGCAGAUAUUUGUUUGGUCUUCCGCCACAUCUGGUGGCUGUUGUUUGCCGUGUAGAAAGAAACCUAGCAUGUUGGUCUCCAAAGGUUGACAGUAAGUGUUUUGUAGCCAUCUGGGCAGUAGGUCAUUCCUGCCAAGACAAUUUAUGUUGAAGUGGUGCAAGAGACGAGAGUCUGAAGUCAAACGGCGGUGGCUCUGAUGUCAGUGUCUGGAGUUUGUCUGACCAGUGCCUUGUGAUUUUUGAAGUGUCUCCAUUUAAUUCAGCUGUCGCUCGGUUGGAUUCCCAUAGCAACCGGGCCAGUACUCUCAAAUGUCAUUCUCUGGAGCGCUGAAAGGCACAGGCAUUGACUGUUUGAACAGUUGCGCUGCCGUAGAUCUCAGACCGUCGUGAUUCAGUUCUUCGGGGACAUGUUUGUUUAGACUGCGGCUGUGAUGAUCAACAUACGCCGUGAGUCAUCGAGAGGCAGGAAGACUGACCAGUUCCUUCAUCAAGAAAACAAAUUAGUUAGCGAACAACUUUUUGUAUCGAUUUCCCUCCUGUACUGUUUGUUCUUUUCCCUUGUUGAGAUUUGUAUUUAUAUGUCUGACAAAAAAGCUAAGAUCUGAAACCAUUUUGGAGGUCAUUGUGUUUUUAUUAAGGUCAUAAUAAAUGAUUUAAUGACUA